AUGCUAGCACGUUUCGUUCAUCGUUCCUCGUUGUCAACCUUACACGUCUGGACCUGGCUGUCAUUUCUUUCUCUUGUUCUCUGCAUUUCCUCGGUUGAAGCACAGCAGGCGGGCUUGCAAAAUGUCACGAUAGUGAAUACAUCACCGGAAAUCACAUUCACUCCCUUUUUCUGCAACUCGACCACCGACUGUACGAGUGGUUGGCGGGUUCUAGAUGUGGAUGGGUUUACAGCGGUUUCAACGGAUGGGCCGGCUGCAGAUGGCGUCGACAUCGUGCCCCAAAUGUUUUUCCGGUUUCGAGCCACUCGCCUCUCCAUGACUACUUCAAUCUUAUCGAAUGCCUCCAUGAACCUUACAGUUCUCUCUGGAAGUACCGUUCUCAAUGCCGUCGCAAACUCUAGCGUUGGAUUAUUCUCAAUUCUAAAUCUUCAAGACACCCAGACGACCACGCUUUCGAUAACGUACAUUCAAAGUCCUAUCCCGUCCCGUCUUGAUAUCGGUAACAUCACUAUAACCGUUUCCGAUGGAUCUGCCUCCAGUUCAUUUCUCCCAACACAAACACUACCUCCCAGUAUCGCCCUUCCCAGUGUUACCCCUACUUCCACUUCCAUUCCACCUUCAAUUCCCGAUAAUUCAGCAAAGGACGCUAGGAAGAACCUGAUUGCUGACGCAGUGGGAUUGACGUUGGGAUUAGGAUUCGGACUCACAGCCAUAACUUGUGCUAUUUAUAUUCUAUGGAGACGCCGCAGACGGAAAAGACGGGAAGCCAGUUCCGAACAGGAUUUUCAUGGUGGCAAUCUGGACAAUUUAGAGUCGGCAGCUAGACCGCGAACCUGGAGUUACCGUUUGGCGCGGCUGGCGCGCAAUAAGGAUAAUAUGGACACCAGAUGGUUUAAUUUCUGA